AUGUCAGUUAUUAACAAUGACAUUUGCCGCUUAGAUACGCAGCUGGAUCAAAUUAAGCAGGAAAUCAACGACUCAUACUUUACCUCACUGGAGACCCACAAACAUACGCAUGAUUUGGACGCCAAUGCAGAGCACAUAUCUUAUUUAGAAAAUGCGAUCAGCUCUCUCUCUGUGCCCUCCAAGUCCCGACCAAUACUUCCUCCUGAGCAUAUCGUGGAAUUGACUUUGAAGCUCUUCCGUCCCCCGGGUGAACCAUAUGGAUUGCUUUCGGGUGUGUCCACGGACCGUGAACUAGAACUCACAUGGCUGGCAGUUACGAAAGCUACUGUACAAACUCUAGGGGUGGUCUUGCGGUCUCUCCUAGACCGAAGUCUGCUCCUGAGCGAUGAAAUCUUUUAUUGGGACACAAUCCUGGGAUCCUAUUGGCACAUCGGUGUUUAUACACUUCAAACAUCGCCUUUCCGGCUUUGGCGCAGGUUGACCAAGCCUCGCCCUAGCAGAAAUGAUAGUGGUGCCAAGGCAAGGUUUCCCACGUUUGUCUCAGCCCAAUGGUCACAUUUUUAUGAGUCCAUACAGAGAUGCUUCUUCGCAGGAAACUUGCAUGCUCUACAGGCAAACGUACUGUCACCGUUUGUAGCAGCCAAGUCUGAGAUAAGGCGGAAGCGGGAAAGGCUUAAGGUAAUGAGGGACCUCAAUGCCCAUGGUAUCGGGCUCCUCAUGAGAGAGUGUUUCCCUGCUCAAGCAAAUGACGAUGAUUGUAACUGGGCAAGGUGCAUUUCCGCCGAUGAUUACUGGCGUAAGACGGUAUGCAGAAGUGUGAUCUUGAUGGGGACAUUUCUGCAAAAAUUGCCCAGUGACAGUGGUAUUCUUGAUUUUGGGGAAGACGUUCUUUUGGCUACUGACAACGAGAUUGCUUGUCUCCAAACAGAAUCUGAUGGCAAGCGCUCCAACCGAACACCCGAACUAGUCGCCAAGAAACUCCAUGAUAUACUGCUUAGACUCCUUCCUGCCCACAACACCCUUGCAUUGACAACUAUUGACAAGCACCGGCGCCCGUCGCGUCUGUUGAGAUACUGGCUUCCAUUAUCGAUGCUGUUCCUAACAGCGAGUACCUCUUUUAAGGUCCUGAAGAAUCAUCGCCAUCAGAUCAUUAGAUGGGUUACUAGUGCCGUGGAAACUACAUUUGAAUUUUGGAGUAAUUGGGUUUUUGAUCCAAUUCAAAGGCUCAUUGGAACUAUAAGGCAUGAUGAGAAGAGCGAGAUUGCCUUGAUGAGCAAGAACAGCUUAGAGGCUGAUCGGGCAAGCUUAGAACGAAUGGUAGUCGACUUCAUCCUUGAUCGUGGCGAACCGAAGCCCGAUGAUUAUGUGCUUGAUAUCAGUUCUAUCGCAAACAAGGUUAGGGAGGGAGAUUUAACACCAGUACUGAGAGCGUACGAAAAAGAUCUACGGACUCCCUUUGUCGGAACUGUACGAGGUGACCUUGUACGAGCACUCUUGAUCCAAAUCCAGAAGACGAAGGUAGAUGUAGAGAUCGCAAUUGGCGGCAUUGACGCUUUGCUGAAAAGCCAGGAACUCGUUUUUGGAUUCGUUGGCCUCACACCCGGUAUACUGGUCUCAUACGCAUCUCUUCGAUGGUUCUGCGGUCUUUUUGGCAAUAGAAAGGGUCUGAGAAUGGGUAGGCGGCAGGAUGAAUUAAGACAUGCACUGCGGAGUGCUCACCGAACUUUGACAUCACCUACCUCUGCACAUACUGGCGUGCUCGCAUACAAGGAUCAUGGUCUUCUGAUCUGUGACGCCGAGGUUUUGCUUAAGAAAGCAGAAGCUCUCCUGAGGGGGGCAGAGCUCCGCGCCUUUAGAGAAGAUGUGGCUGACCUCAUUAACCAGAGAAUGGUAGUGCGGCAGCUUGAAAUUAUCAAACUUCUGUUGAUCGGAGAUUCUGGGGUGGGAAAAUCAUGUUGUUUGUUACGAUUCAGCGAAGAUUCAUUUACCCCAUCCUUCAUCACGACUAUUGGAAUUGACUUCAAGAUCCGUACAAUCGAACUCGACGGAAAGCGUGUAAAGCUUCAAAUAUGGGAUACAGCUGGACAGGAGCGCUUUAGAACGAUUACAACGGCUUACUAUAGAGGGGCAAUGGGCAUACUUCUGGUCUAUGAUGUCACUGAUGAAAGAUCAUUUCAAAACAUCCGUACAUGGUUCUCAAACGUCGAACAGCAUGCAAGUGAAGGUGUGCAUAAAAUUCUCAUCGGAAAUAAAUGUGACUGGGAAGAGAAGAGAGCCGUGUCAACUGAACAGGGUCAGCAGCUAGCUGAUGAGCUUGGCAUACCCUUCCUUGAAGUGUCAGCAAAGAACAAUAUCAAUAUUGAGAAAGCCUUCUACAAUCUUGCCUCGGAAAUUAAGAAAGGCAUGGACACAUCGAAAUCUGAACAGCCUGGUUCGCAAGGUGUCAGCAUAGAUCAGCAAGGCCCGGGGCUGAAUGGCAAUACAGGAGGCAAGUGUUGCUGA